AUGAGAAACAAGCAAGCUUCUCUCCAGAAUUUGGAGAACCAAGUGGGAUGGAUUACCAAACUAGUAUCCAAAUGGCCUCAAGGAAGCUUACUAAGUAAUACUGAAGCAAAUCCCCAUGUGCAUCUUAAGGCAAUUCCUCUACGAAGUGGUGAAAAAGUGGGGAUGGGUGGUGAUAAGAUGAUAAAGAUGGAAAAGGAGCCAGAAAUUAAGGUUAUUGAGAGCCUGGCAAGGAAAAGCGAGCCUACUUCGAUUGUUGAGAAGAGAACACCACCACUGGUGAAGGAGUACAUUCUCUGCCUCCUUUACCCAUUAAGAUUGUUGAAUGAUCAUACAGACAAACAAUUCAAGAGAUUUCUGGACUUGUUGAAGCAAUUGCAUAUUAGUGUCCCAUUUGUUGAAGCCUUAUCUCAAAUGCCAAAGUAUGCAAAGUUUCUCAAGGACCUACUAACAAACAAGCGGAAAUCUAAGGAGGUAUCAACAGUAACAUUGAGCGAAGGAAGCUCAGCGUUGCUUCAGAAAUGA